CCCGGAUUUAACGUUUCGCCCAGUUGCCACUCGUGUAACGACAACGAUAGAAGACGCACGUUGACUAUCGUUUACUUUUUUUUAACUUUUAAUAUUAUUUGUGACUAGUGUACUCUUUAUAUUAUCUACAAUAAAAUAAAUAAUCCGUAAAAAAUGGGUGGGUUUGCUUGGGUAACGAUGGUUACCAAUGACUCGUACUCUCUUGGAGCUCUCGUUUUAGCGCAUUCAUUAAAACGAGCGGGGACAAGACAUGAUCUUGCUGUUCUUAUCACUCCGGGUGUUACAGCUGCUAUGAGGGAAAAAUUGUCAUCAGUUUUUACAUUAGUCCAAGAAGUAAAUGUUCUUGAUUCACGAGAUGAAUCGAAUCUCGCAUUGCUAGCAAGACCGGAAUUAGGAAUAACAUUUACAAAAUUACAUUGCUGGAGAUUGACACAGUACGAGAAAUGUGUCUUUGUUGAUGCUGAUACUCUUGUAAUUCGUAACUGUGAUGAACUUUUUGAACGCGAAGAAUUAUCGGCAGCGCCAGAUGUAGGCUGGCCUGAUUGUUUCAAUUCCGGUGUUUUUGUAUUUAAACCAUCGCAACAAACAUUUGCAUCAUUAACAGCAUUCGCAGCUUCAAAGGGUUCAUUUGAUGGCGGUGACCAGGGUCUAUUAAAUCUUUACUUCAGCGAUUGGGCUCAUAAAGAUAUUUCUAAACAUUUACCGUUUAUCUACAACAUGUGCUCAACUGCUACUUACUCUUAUCUUCCAGCAUACAAACAAUUUGGAGAAGAAGUGAGAAUUAUUCAUUUUAUCGGAAGUACGAAACCAUGGUUACAACAUUUCGACACCCAAACUGGAAUAGUUCAUCCGUCACCGGAUUCAAAUCAUGUUCAAUCUCUUCUUCAGCAUUGGUGGAAUAUUUUUUGCCGUGAUGUCCACUCACAAUUAUCACCAGCCAUGCUAAGCAAAGAACACAGGGAUCCGCAUUUUUGCGAGAUCACCAGCACUUUGGCACGUCGUGAGCACAAUUUAUUUGUUACAAUUUCUUCUGCACCAUCUAGAAAUACAGUUUCUUCAAGAUCAAAUCGUCAUGUUUGUCAUACACCGACAGACUUUACGUACGACAAAGCUGACAGUAUAUCAAAUAAUUAUUUGACUGAAUUUAAAGAUCCAUGGGAUCAUUAUGUAGAAGUAACUAAUGCUACUAAUAAUGACAAUAGUCAUGCUCAUAAUAAUAAUAAUGAACAUUAUAAUGAACAUAAUAAUGAACAUUGUAAUGAACAUAAUAAUGAACAUAAUAAUGAACAUUAUCAGCCUGAAAUUCCAUUUAAAAAUAAUGAAAUUAACUUUGAUCAUCAAGAUACAGUGCACAGAUUACAUGAUACAAUAAAUAUAACCAGUAAUUAUAAUGAUCAUAAAAAUGAUAGUAAUUUUGACACGACUGACAAUAAUAGAGAAUUUAUAAAUUUUCAAACUCUACCUAUAAAUAUAAAUAGUAAUUUUGAUCCAAAUACUGACAAUUUACAAAAAAUAAAUGAAUUCACAGUUAAAAAUAAUUUACAAACACUAUUAGAAUUUAAUAAUACACAUAAUUAUAAUAAUUCGCGGGAAAACAUGGAGUCAAAAGCUAAAAAAAAUAGAGACGAAUUGAAUAAUGUAAGAAAAAUUAAUGAUAAUUUUCCAACUGACGAUAGACUGAAUUUAAAUCAUAAAAAAAAUGAUGACUAUCACGAUCAUGCUGUGUUUAAAAGCAUUAAAAAUAAUGUAGACAGUAAAUCCUUUCCCGAAUCCUACACAGAAUUUAAAAAUAUUUCAAUUGAGUCUGAAAUUCGUUUCACUGGGCAAGUUGAAGCCGACCGUGCUGGUAUUGCUGGAGCGUUGUCUAAAAUAACUCUAGGUGAAGCCAGAAGUCCGGAACAAGUGGCUUUCGAAGAACAUAUGAGGAAACAGAGCUGGGAGGAGGGACAAAUCGACUAUAUGGGGCGUGAUAGUUUUGAUAAUAUUUGGAAAAAAAUAUGUUCAACUGUUUUCGUUGUGCCGGAAACUGAAAAACCCAAACCUAAAGAAAAAAUCGUCGAAGAAGUAAAAGAAAAGUCUAAAACAUCUCCAUCAGUUGCUACGAAAACUCCAUUAACGGAAGACGCACCGGCAAAAGAAAUUAAACAAGGUGUAGCAUCGGAAUACCAUCUAAGAACAAGCCCUGAAGAAAAUAAAAAUGCAAACGACUUAACCAAAAAAGGUAUCCAAGAAAAAUCAUCAAAUGUUGUCUUAGCCGUAAUUUCUGCACCUCCACGACUGUGUAUCAAAAAAUCCGGGGAAGCGGUUUCCAAUAAAGAAUUAACAUCUACACCAGAAACAUCCAAACAAGAAGAAAAACCCACGAUUCCAUUAGGAUUUACAAGGGAGUCAGAUGAUCCAACUUGUAAAGAUGAAUCUACAGAAUCAAAAUUAGAUACUACUUCAAAAGAAUCAUCAUGUGCUAGAACAAUUCCCGAAAGUCCUGUUCCGAUUCAAGUGGCAGAGUCUGUUUUAGAGGCUGAUAUUAAAGAAUCUGUUUCUGAGGAUAUUAAACCAGUGACUGAAGAAGCUAUAUCAUCUAUUUCAGCACCUAUUCAAGAAUCUAUUUCAACUGUCGUUCAGGCGCCACUUGAACCAUCCCCACCUGCACAAUCACCUUCUGUCGAAGCUUCACCAAUAAUGCAACCGAAUGGUAAUGCUUUCGACAUUGAUUUACGAUCUAUCAAUAACACACCUACAAGAUCAUCAGCACCAGUAUCUACACCAGCACCAACACCAGUACCAGCACUAGUACCAACACCAGUAUCUGUAUCUACACCUACAUCUACACCACUGUCAUCAACAGGAUUUUCAUCUCCAUCGGUACCAAUUCCCACAACAGAAUUAACAUCUGAAGGGUCAGCAAGUAAAGAAACUUCAAAAACACAAUUGGAAGAACAAAAAAAAAUAACAGAAACUGAAAGUAUUCCAGUUGGAACUUCAAGUUCUCGUGAGACUGAAGCUGCUGUAAAAUCAGAUAGCUGCCGACUUACUUCUAAAGCGAUAUCCGAAACAAAAAGUGAUACAACUCUUAAAACUACUGAAGACAAUGUACCUGAAGAAGUGCCUAAAACUUCAGAAGAAGUUAAACCUGAAUCUGAAAUAAAACCAGUAGGAUCUAGAGAUAAAACUGAACUACUUUCAGAAGCUAAAGAAACUGAACCCGCUGUGCCUGAAAGAGUUGAAGAAAUAGUUACUGGAAAAGAAGAAAGUUUGGCUGCGUCAUCGAAAGAUGAACAAGUGCCUGAAUCAUCUCAAGUAUCAGAAAAAUCUCAACCGAAGGAAUUAAUAAUUCCGGGUACUCCAACGGUAAUUGAAGCAACUCCACCAACAAGUCCACCGCUUGAAGUGACUGCAAGUUUGACAGAAGCUAUAAAAGUUGAAAAACCAGAAAAAGAAAAAGGAGAGAAAAGUGAAAAGAAAGUUGUCAAAAAAAUAAUUAAAAAGAGUUCGGAAGAAAAGUCAGAAGGAGGUGAAACAGACGAUGGUAAAAAAGUUACGAAAAAAGUUGUAAAGAAGGUGGUUAAGAAAAUUAAAGAUCCGUCCGAUGAUACAGCAGAAAGUGGCAGCAGUACUGGAGAUAAACCAAAGAAGGUUAUAAAAGUUGUUAAGAAGACAACGAAAUCUGUCCAGAGUUUAGAUCCUGAUACGUCUGUUCCUGAUACACCACCACCGGCUACUUCUCAGAUGCCUGUACCACCCAAGCGAAAACUUAAGCCUGCGACUACUAAAUCCUCCAAAAAAACAGAGCAAGAGCCACCGACUAAUUCAUAAAUUUUUAAAUAGAUUUUAUUCUAAGGAAAUUUUUAUAAAAUUUAUACUGUAAGAGUUUAUGGAGGAUUUUUUAACUAGUCAAUGGUUUAAUACUUACUAUUUAUGUUUGUUUUUUUAAUGGAUAAUAAGAUAAUAAUAAUAUUAAUAAUUAUUUAAAAUUUAGACUGACUUUUAUCAAGCAGAAAACAGUUUAUAUUGUGUAAUAUUUAAGAUUGUUUACUUAUAUUUUCUUCAUACACUCGCGCUCUUCCAUAAACACACAAUUUUUUUCAAUACUAAUCAUUAAUUGUUUUGUAAAGGAGUUGAAGUCAAAUGUAUUUUUGAAAUUUAGUAUUUAAUGAUUAAUAGUUGCACUUAUUGAAGUAUCAUAAGUAAUUUUUUAAAUGUUUAGAUAAUGAAUUUAACACUUCGUCUUUUAAUUAUUUAUUUAUAACGUGCGAAUACCAUUAAUCAAUUAAUUAAUUGCGUCUUAUUGAUGAAUUAAUCGGUUUUAAUUUGACUAAUUGGAAUCCUUAUGAGGCGCCAUCAUUCUGGUUAAAAAUUCUAAUUGAUUCCGAUUAAAACAUGAAGGCACUUCAUUGAAUUUUAAUCGGAAUCAAUCGGAGUUUUAAUCAGAGCAAUAAUGCUUAGAAAAUAAGUAUUUUUUAGAAAUUUUUUUGAUAAUUAUACGGAAAAAAUAGCAGUGGAAAAAUUACAGUUUAUAGUGCAAAAACCGGGCCCUCGUAUAAAAAACUUUAAGUAUUAUAAUUUGCACUGUAAUAAUUGAGACUACUUCUUGUAAUAAAAGUAAUUACAAUUAUAGAUGACAAAUUUUACAGUUUUUAAUGUAUUUUUAGUUGAAUGCCCGAAUGAAAAAAUUCGUUCCAAAAACGUUUCUGAAAGUUAACUUUCAAAAUUGAGACAAUUAUGAACUUUAAGGUGAACAUUUUUUAAACUGAAAAAAUCAUAAAGUGAACAAUUUUCAACCGGUGUAAGUUUUUCCUGCGCGGUUUCUUUAUUUUUUGAGCAAAAAUAGUUUGAUUGAGUAUGAACUCACAAAAUUGUCAACUCAAAUCAUUUUUGCUUAAAAAAUUUCAAAAAAAAAAAAAAUCUGAAAACCGCCUGACCCUGCAGACCAGCCCCAAAAUUUUCCGCUGUUUUCGAGCUCAGGGAGCCCGGAAACAUUAUUACUUGUAAAUUUUUAAACUCUCCGAGCUUAAAAAUUUGUUAGGCCGGUAAAACAUACCUUCACUGAAAAAUUAUAAUUUUUGUCCGAAGAUAUCUUUGGAUGGAAUGAACCGAUUUGAACGUGAUUGGUGGCAAUCGAAAGGGCUCGCAAGAGUUAGAACUGAGUACAUUUUGAGGCGAAUCGGGCAAGUGGUGUAUAAGUUAUACGCAAAAAACCAAAAACAAAAAAAAAUUUUUAUUUUUAUUCUUCGUAUAACUCGUAAACUACAUGACCAAUCUACCGCAAAAUCUAAUCAAAUCUAAGUUUUGGUGAGCCCUUUCGAUUGCCACCAAGUACGUUCAAAUCGGUUGAUUCGUUCCAAAGAUAUCGUCGGACAAAAAAAGGUUCACACACACACACACACACACACACACACACACACACACACACACACACACACACACACACACACACACACACGGACGGACGGACGGACGGACGGACGUCCAUCCGGGAAUAGUCAGAAUAGCUUCUUAGGACCUCAAAACGUCGACAUCUAAUGAAAACUUGAUUUUCGAAAAUCGGAUCAAAACCAAUAACUUUCCUUUUUUGAAAAUCUUCAAUUUUUUUAGCGGGAAGUUAAAAAAAUAGAAACCCGCAAGAAAAGUCUACACUAGUUAAAAACUU